AUAUAGCAUAUUUCUAUUUGAUGAAAAAAUUGUCUUAAAAAUAUUGUACAGAACACAAAAGCAUGAAAAGUUUAUAUCCGAUCCAAUGGGAGGUAGUCAGCCAGUAACAGAUUUGCCGGGUAUUGGUGCAGUUAGAGGUGGUCGUUUAAACAAUGCUGGGAUCACAACAGUAAAUCAGUUGGUAUUACUUUAUCAACGUAAAGGAAGUAGUGAGUUUGAAUUUUUUUUGAACAAAAUUUGCGGCCAAAAUUCAUUAUGGACAGGCAUGACAAUGGCGGCUUUGAAAGAGUAUGGUGAACAGAAAGUUUCAUCGCCAAGUUUCUCACCCCGAAAAGGAGAUGUCUUCCCUCUCCCACUCUCAAAGGGUGAUACUUUUGCAGUUCAAUCAGCAAGCAAUUGCUUAAUCGACAAGAAGUACGAACGAAAGGUAUUGGUUGAAAGAUCAACUUCGUCACAUAUCCUUCUAAAAAAAUCGAUUGAAAGCGUUGAAAACUCAAAAAAUGACAUCAUUUCAAAGGAUCGACAGAUAAAAAAACUACUUGAAUCCAAUGACUAUUUACAACUACGCUUUGAGGGAUAUCAAGAAACAAUCAAAGAGCUCACUGAAAAAACCGCUUCAAACGAUAAACAUUUAAAGAAGAAAAUAAUCGAGCUAAGCGAGAAAUUUUCGUCAAUGGAGAGUCAAUUGAAAUCUAAUGAAUCAUCACAAUCACGCAUUGAAGGGUAUUUAAAAUUAAUCACUCAGUCCAGCAAUGAAAUCACCUCAAAUAUUAAGCAAAUCAAAGUGAAAGUUAUUCAGCUUGAUGUGAAAAUGUCAAUGAUAAAUCAUAAAUUGAAAGAUUUAUCUGAAAAAAUGACGUGCUUGGAGGUACGGGUUCAACGGUCGGAAGGGUUAAUCAGUGAACUCAGCAAAGAAAAUGUUUUGAAGGUGAAACAAACAGAGAAAUUAUUCGAAGUCAAUGAAUGUAUGCGGUCAAAAAUUGAAGAAAACAUACAAACCAUGAGUAUACUCAACGAAAAAACCGAUUCAAGUGACAAAGUUCUAAUGAAACAAAUUGCUGAGUUGGAUGAGAAAAUUUUAUCGAAUAGCUGCGAAUUUACGAAUUUAUCCACGAAAGUUGCAUCAGUUGAUGAAGCGAAUUCCAAACUAAAGAAGAAAUUACAUAUUGUAUAUUGUGUACUUCUGGUUGCUUCUACUUGUUUACUUAUUAAAAAAAUCAAGUAA